CUCUUGGACACAUGUAGCCUCUCAUGAACAAUACACUCAGAUGGACUUGACAGUGAAAUGGCGGUACAAUCCAAGAUGUCGCUCCCCGGUGGGCUCAUGUCAGAAGGAAGGCUGAAGAAGGCCGUGUCGGACCUCACGUCGCUAUACCUCAAACAUCGCACACGCAUCUCACGCGCCAUCUACAUUGGACUCUUCGUCACCCUGCUGAAUCGCGUACGCAACGCUGUCAACGAACAGAAAGCUGCUGAACAGCAACGUCGAGCCGCAGGCAGGAAUGGAGAAAAAGAAGGCAGCACAACUGGCGGCAGGAAGAAGGUCGAAUUGAACAGGGACUUCUUCCGCAGCUUGAUACGCCUGUUACGCAUAUGUAUACCAGGCUGGAAGAGCAAAGAGCUACGCCUUCUCAUCAGCCACAGUAUAUUCCUGGUCUUGCGGACCUUGAUCUCCUUGUACGUCGCCGAGCUCGACGGCCGCCUGGUGUCUGCCCUUGUUCGCGGUAAAGGCAAGGACUUUAUUGGAGGUCUGAUCUGGUGGAUGAUUGUCGCCAUCCCCGCGACGUUCACCAACUCCAUGCUCAGCUAUCACCAAUGCAAGCUUGCCCUCCAGUACCGCACUCGCCUCACCCAACACAUCCACAACAAGUACCUGUCCAACAUGACCUUCUACACACUUUCUGCCUUGGACGAUCGAAUCAAGAAUGCAGACCAGCUUAUUACAGUAGAUGUCAGCAAGUUCUCAAAUUCCCUCGCCGAGCUGUACGGCAAUCUCGCAAAACCAAUCUUGGACAUGGUCAUAUACAACUACUCACUGUCAAGAAGUGUAGGCGGAGAAGGCCUCUUUGCCAUGGGUUUGCUGGUACAGCUUUCAGCUUCAGUCAUGCGAGCACUUACACCCCCAUUCGGCAAAUACGUUGCUGACGAAGCACGUCUGGAAGGAGAGUUCCGUUUCCAGCAUUCACGUGUAAUUGACUACAGCGAGGAAAUUGCUCUGUAUCAUGGCCAUGAGGCCGAGAAAGAUGCUUUGGACAAGAAUUACUUCACUCUGAUCAAACACGUCAACCGCAUCUUGAGGAGAAGAUUCUACCACGGCAUCAUGGAAGACUUUGUGAUCAAGUACUUCUGGGGCGCUCUGGGCUUGAUGCUCUGCUCCAUCCCAGUCUUCUUCAAGUUACCUGUUGCGAAGAAUGCAGGCACCACAGCGAAAAACUCCACAGAAGCCUUCGUCACAAACAGAAGGUUGUUGCUGAGCUCGUCCGAUGCAUUCGGCCGUCUCAUGUUCUCCUACAAGGAGAUCUCUCAACUCGCCGGAUACACUUCACGAGUGUCAACACUACUCUCAGUCAUCGCAGACAUCCAAGCCGGUCACUUCGAAAAGCAACUCGUCAGCUCCGCCUCCACAGACGCCAACGCAGCAGUUCUCGCAGGCAGAGGUAUCAUUUCCGAAGGCCCAGACAUCAUGUUUAGUAACGUCCCCAUCGUCUCUCCCAACGGUGACAUCUUGGUGCCUGCACUAUCUUUCCACAUCAAACCUCAAGACCACCUCCUCAUCAUCGGCCCCAAUGGCUGUGGUAAAUCCUCCCUCUUCAGAAUCCUAGGCGGACUUUGGCCUGUCUAUGGCGGCGAAGUCAGAAAACCCUCUGCUGAGGAAAUCUUCUAUAUCCCUCAACGGCCUUAUCUGAUGGCCUCAGGUAGUCUGCGCCAACAGUUGAUAUACCCAGACACCGUGGCCGAAAUGCAUGAAAAGGGCACGACAGAUAAGGAUUUACUUUCCAUCAUGACUUCGCUAGACCUAAACUCCCUACUCUCCCUCCCAUCCAAAGAAGGAAAAGAAAACGCGUCCUCGGGACUGGACUCACUGCAAAAUUGGCCAGACAUCCUCUCCACGGGCACCCAACAACGCCUCGCCGCCGCCCGCCUCUUCUACCACUCCCCCUGCUACGCCAUCCUAGACGAAUGCACCUCUUCCCUAACCCCCUCCAUCGAAACUCUCAUCUACACGGAAGCCAAAAAGCGAAAUAUCACUCUCUUGACGGUAUCUCAUCGGAGAAGUUUAUGGCAGUAUCAUACGAGAAUAUUGCAAUUUGAUGGAAAGGGCGGAGCGGUGUUUGGAGUGCUGGAUGCGGAAAAGAGGUUGGGGCUUGAGGAUGAGAGGGAGGAGUUGGAGGCGAGACUGAGAGGGGUGGAGGGGGUGGAGAGGAGGAUUGCUGAAUUGAGUGCUGUGUGAGAUGGGCUGGUGAGAGAAUUGUUUUGGUGAUGGGACGGGUGAUGACGCUAGUUGUUUAUGCAUUAUGAUGGUUUUUUUUUCGUUUCCAACAUCGUUCUUGUGAAAUGUCUUCGAUGCUCGUUUGGAGGUUUAGCAUGUACUGUAUUUUCAUCUAUAGUGAUUACAAGAAAACCCCAGUCAGAGC